AUGAAUGAAGAAAUUUUGGGUGGUGCAAACACGCCAUAUGAUAAAGGAGUUUUCAACUUGGAAGUAGUUGUUCCUGAAAGAUAUCCAUUUGAACCGCCGAAGAUUCGCUUUCUGACACCCAUCUACCAUCCCAACAUUGACUCUGCUGGAAGGAUUUGCCUGGAUGUUCUCAGAUUACCACCCAAAGGUGCAUGGAGGCCGUCCCUGAAUAUCUCCACAUUGCUGACCUCCAUACAGCUUCUGAUGAGCGAGCCUAACCCCGAUGACCCCCUCAUGGCAGACAUAUCCUCGGAGUAUAAAUACAACAAGGAAGUGUUCAUCAAAAAUGCCAAACAAUGGACUGAGAAGUAUGCAAGCCAGCAAAAGAGGGCUUCCAAAACUCCAGAUGAGGAAGUGACCCAAAGCGAGUCUAGCACUCCCAAAGAAUCUGCCAUCUCCCAGAAAAGAAAAGCAAAUGAUACCAGCAGGAAGGGGAAAAAACCCUGCCUCGAUUCAUAGAGGUUUUCUGUGUAAAUACACAUUCAUAAAAAUGUUUAACACUGGCAGGUUUCACUUGUCUCUCAGUGCUUGAGCUAAUACUUGCGAUGGCAGGGGUUUGUUUUCAAAUUUAAGCUUUUAUUUUGUUUCAGUAGCAUUACAUGUUUUGUAUUCUUGUUCCUCUUGCAUUGUUUGUCUCUAAGUUUUGUGAAGGAAGGCAGAAUUGGGAAUAAUAAAUCAGUUUUACAUGUUUUAGA